AUGGCUUCCAGCGAUCACAAUCGCUACGAUGACUCGGAGGAAGAGGACGACUUCAACCCUGCCCCCGCCGAUCUGUCCGACGAGGAACCCGACCACGACGCCACCAACAAGCACGCACGCGACAGCAGUCCCGUUGCCGACGACGACCACGAUGCCCCUGCACCUUCGAAGUCGAGAAUUCCAGACGAUGACGACGAAGACGAGGAACAGGAUGAAGAUGAUGCUAUCCAAAAUGACGAUGAAGAAGACGAGGAAGAAGAGGAUGAUGAGGACGAGGACGAUGUACAACAGGGACAUCGCCGCAAGCGCAGAAAGGACCGCCGCGCUGCCUUCUUCGAUAUCGAAGCCGAGGUCGACGACGAAGAGGAUGGCGAGGAUGAGGAGAAAGACGGUGAGGAGAUAGAGGACUUCAUCGACAACGCCCAUCCCGACGAUAUUGCCGAAAGCGGAGGUCUCGAUGAUGACAGACGUCACAGAGAACUCGACCGUCGCCGCGAGAUGGAGGCGAGCAUGGAUGCUGAAAAGCAGGCCGAGAUUCUUCGUCAGCGUUACGGCAACCGCCGCCCGAACAAGGGAUUUGGAGAUUCUGCCGUCGUUCCCAAGCGUUUGCUCAUGCCCAGUGUCGAUGAUCCUACUAUUUGGGCCGUCAGAUGCAAGGAAGGGAAAGAGCGGGAGGUCGUUUUCUCCAUCAUGAAGCGUGUCGAGGAGAGGAUGGGCACGAAGGAUGAACUGGCCAUCAUCUCGGCAUUCGAACGCGGUGGUCCAACUUCCGUUAUGAAGGGUUACAUCUACGUCGAAGCCAACCGUUCCACCGAUAUCAUGGUGGCUCUUGAUGGCAUGUUCAACGUCUACCCCCGCUCCAAGAUGAUUCUGGUCGACAUUAAGGAUAUGCCCGACUUGCUCCGUGUCACAAAGACACCCACCCUUGAGCCUGGCGCCUGGGUCAGACUUCGGAAGCCUGCCAAGCACGCCGGCGAUCUUGCCCAAGUCAUCGACGUUACCGAGAACGGCCUCGAGGCCAGAGUCCGCUUCAUCCCCCGCCUUGACUACGGAAUGAGAGACGACGCUCUCGCUUCCGCCCUCACCCUCGAUGGCAAACGAAAACGACCCAUUGGCAUGGCCGGACCGCGGCCCCCUCAGCGUCUUUUCAACGAGACUGAGGCUCGCAAGCGGCACCCCAGGCACAUACAAGGCAAUCCGACCACCAAGGUAUGGAACUACAUGGGUGACGAGUUCGAGAAUGGCUUCCAGGUCAAGGAUAUCAAAAUCCAGCAACUAGUGGUUACAGACGUCAACCCGACCCUGGAAGAAGUCACCAGAUUUGCCUCUGGUGCAGAGGACGGUACCGAGAACCUCGAUCUCAAGGCCCUUGCUUCCAGCCUCAAAGACAGCAACAUCAAUGUCACUUACUUGCCCGGCGACAUCAUUGAGGUCUAUGAAGGCGAGCAGAAGGGUGUUGUCGGAAAAGCCACCAACGUCCAGGGUGACAUUGUCACGAUGCAGGUCACGGAGGGAGUACUGGCGGGCCAGGUCAUCGAAGUCCCCACCAAGGGUCUGAGGAAGCGGUUCAGAGUCGGAGAUCACGUCAAGGUCACCAGCGGCAGUCGAUUCCGUGACGAGGUCGGUAUGGUUGUCAAGAUCUCAGAAGACAGGGUUACCUUCUUGACAGACCAGACCAACACGGAAGUCACGGUUUUUAGCAAGGACUUGCGGGAAGCAAGUGACAUUGGCGGACAGGGCUCGCUGGGCCAGUAUGAGCUCUUUGACCUGGUUCAGUUGGACCCAACCACGGUCGGUUGCAUUGUCAAGGUUGACCGCGAAUCUGUGGUCGUGCUCGACCAGAAUGGAGAUACGCGGCAAGUUAUGCCGUCGCAGAUUGCCAACAAGCUUCCCAAGCGGAAAAUCGCCGUUGCUGCUGACAGGAACGGCUCCGAGAUCAGGCUCGACGAUGUGGUCCGAGAGUAUGGCGGUCAACAGCGUCAGGGCAAGAUCAUUCACAUUCAUCGCGCCUACGUCUUCUUGCACAACAACGACAGCAACGAAAAUGCCGGCGUCUUCGUCACCAAAGCUGGCAACGUUAACACCAUUGCCGCCAAGGGUGGACGCGUACUUUCAGCUGGUCCCAAUCUGGAUCAGAUGAACCCUGCCAUGAAGCGCAACCCUAACGGCUCCGAGAGCAAAAUGGCGCCGCCCAAAAGUUUUGGAGGACGAGAUCGUGCGAUUGACAAGACCGUCAUCAUCAGGAAGGGUGGUUACAAGGGCCUCCUGGGCAUCGUCAAGGACGCUACGGAUACCCACGCCCGUGUGGAGCUACACACCAAGAGCAAAACCAUCACUGUACCCAAGGAUCACCUCAGCUUUAAGGACAAGAUCACGGGUGCGAAGAUCGAAAUUAAUGGCCGGGGUCGUGGUGGCCACAGUGGUCCUCCCGGGGGCGGUCGUGGUGGACAUGGAGAUUGGCAGGGAGGCAGAACGCCAGUCGCCUCCAGCAGUUCCGAGAGAACGCCCGCUUGGGGUUCGAGAACCCCCGCGCCGGCUAGCGGCCGUACUCCGGCUUGGAAGUCGAGCGGCCCGGAUUACUCCGGGUCACGUACACCGGCCUGGGCCGAUGGGUCCCGAACUGCCUACGGCGAUGGAAACCGUACCGCGUAUGGCGGAGGAUCGCGGACGCCGGCAUGGCAGUCUGGUGCCAAGACACCGGCUCACGAUGCCUUCGGGUUGGGAUCGAAGACACCUGCAUACGGAGGAGGGGAUGCCUGGGGCUCUGGCUCCAAAACACCCGCAUAUGGUGGCUCUGCACCGACGCCGGGUGCCAGCGGAAGCGACUCGUGGGGAUACACGCCCGGACAGUCUGGCUACGAUGCUCCGACGCCCGGCGGAGCCCUUCUUGGUGCGCCAACGCCAGGCGCACUCAAUGCCCCCACGCCUGGUGCCUACUCGGCGCCAACCCCGGCGGCCGCGAGCGCCCCAACCCCCGGCGGCGGAUGGCAAGGCGGGUGGGGUGCCGACUCGGCCCCGACUCCUGCUGCAGGUGCGCCUACUCCCGCUGCCAGUGGCUUCACCUCGUCAUCUGCCUAUUACGGCGCGCCUACACCUGCAGCAUAUGGCGCGCCCGAGACGCCGGCAGCAAGUGGGCCCAGAUACACCGAUGAUGACUAG